AUGGAGGAGAGAGCUGGUCAGCAAAAGUCAGAGAGACCCAGCAUUCGUCUGGAAAAAUUACAGCAGUGGGCGAGGCACAGGCACAGCGCACACCUCUUGGUUCUGGCGGUAAGCCAGCUAUGGCUGGCAACCGCUAUGGUGCCCUUUGCUGUCUCAGUCGCCUGCCUGAACUCUGACUGUCACAUGGCCACAGCACUGCCCCUUGGGCCUGCAGCUUUGGGUCUCCUCACUGGGACUGUCACCCUUGAGUUGCGCAGAGCACCAAGCCUCUGGAAGGCCCGGGCCAUGAUGAUAUUCAAUAUCUUCAACCUGAUUUUGGACUUCAUCGUGGUGGUGGUUGAAGUGAUGAAGACAGCCUUGACACCUGGCCCAAUCGCCUCAUCCCAGCUGACAGGCUUGCUGGUGCUAGAGCUCAGUGCUGAGGCCUUCACCGUAGGGGGAGUGCUGGUCUCAGCAUAUGCCCUAGUUCUGUUGAGUCAAAGGAAGCCAAGAUGCUGCUGGAGCCAGAGUCUGCAAUACCAGGAGCUACAGGAGAGUGACGUGAAGCACUGGAAAUCAGGGCCUAACCGAGAAUUUCCCCGGACGCGACCACUGGCCCCCUGUGCGGGGAAGACUCCGGCGGGUCACCUCGCACGGGAGUAUCUCCGUCUCGGUCACGCCAGACAAUAG